AUGGCUGUCCCGCGCUCACAAUCUCCGAACCUACCUGCCCAUCCAUCCUCGAGCACAGACCCUGUUGCCAAUCUUCCCACGUCCCGCCACAAUAUGUUGACGGGUUUCCCAACGGUUGUCUCUCAUCUAAGAAUAGACGACCUGCCGGUGUUGGAGAAGCUAUUGAAAAACAUUGAUGAUGGCCAUAAAAUCGAGCGGAGUCAGAGCAUUACCGUCAUCUGCCACAAUGAGCACAAGCUCAUGGGUGCUAGUGCAGUCUUUGACGACGGCGCAGACGAUAACACGGCUGAGUUGAGUGUCGUCACAAAACUUGGGAUACCCUGGACACGAAUCGAAGAUUUGCCUGAGAAGCUUCAAAGUCGUAUGGGUCUUGUUCAGUACGAUGGCACUCGGAUUAAGGUCCUUGGCAUCGCUGUCGUCCAGUGGUCUCUUCGCAACGUCGAAGGCGUUCUCUUCACAACCCCUGUGAAGGUGGUUGAGGAUGGCCAUGGCCAGGAAAUCUUGAUCGGUCGUGCCUUCCGGCGAGAUCUGCGCAAGGCAAUAGCCGAAGUCAAGUAUGAGCAUGAGAAUGGUCCGAGCUGUUUCAACAGAAUCGUUCACCAAGGCCCUAUCUCCCGGGUCAUGCGUCUUUUCAGUAGACCCAUCAGCAAGCUCACAACAUCACCACAGCAAUGCGGUAUUUGA